AUGGCUUUACUCCGUGUUUCUCAAGGGAGCUUGAGGACCCUUGGGCGAGCCGAGUUGGUACACUUGCGGAGCUUUUUGCGGCCGCAGCGAACUCUCAUCAACGGAACCCAAAAUUACUCCAGACCCUUGUCAUACAGCGGUGCUCGGCCAUCUAAAGCAACGGAAACCACAAGUGAAGGGUUCAAGCAGAAGGUUAUUGGGCGACAACUGCGGGAAGAAUGGGCUAGAUAUAAUGAUUUUCCAAAACCAUCCAGGGCAGGCGACUUCAAGGAAGGACAGCUCGUGACGGUCCAUGGAUUCCUGGCGAGGAAACGGAUAAAAUCGUCCAAACUCGCCUUUGCCGAUAUCCAAAUCGACAAUGGCCCAGCUGUCCAAAUCACUUCGAGCUUCCAAGAGCCUGAGAGCCCGGCGCACAAGACAAACCAGGCCCUCAGGGGCAUUCCUCUAUACAGCCCCGUCUCCGUAACAGGCACCGUUGCCCGUCUACACAGCAACAACCCCCAACCUACUGAAACCUCACCAACCACCCGCUCGCGUCCAGGAAACUUCCCAACCGGUGUAUUCCGCAUCGACAUCGACCUAACCAGCAUCCAGCCCCUCAACCUCUUCCCCAAAGACAUCAUCGUGUCCAAAGGCGUGCAAUUUCCCCCCUCCUCUCGCCACCUCCAGAUCCGAUUCUCCGACCCCCUCCGGACGCGGCUACUCGUCCGACCGCAGAUCGCGUUCCAGCUGAGGAAGUCGCUGAACGAUCUGGCCUUCACAGAGGUGGAAACGCCUAUCCUGUUCAAGUCGACGCCUGAAGGGGCGAGGGAGUUCUUGGUGCCUACCAGGCGGCCUGGGUUGGCGUAUGCGCUGCCGCAGAGCCCGCAGCAGUACAAGCAGAUGCUUAUGGCGAGUGGGAUAAGGGGGUACUAUCAGUUUGCGAGGUGUUUUCGGGAUGAGGAUUUGAGGGCGGAUCGGCAGCCGGAGUUUACGCAGUUGGACUUGGAAAUGUCGUUUGCUACCGGCGAGGAUGUGAUGCAGACUGUUGAGUCUCUCGUUGCUGAUCUGGCUACGGUCCUUAACUCGGACUUCCGUGUCGUGGACCAAGACGGCGAGAUCCAUCUCGCGCCCAAGAGCUUGAACUCGGCCCAUUCAGAGGAAUCUGGCACCGCUUCUCGUUACGUUAUGCCGCCAUUCCCUCGCUUAUCGUACGAAACGGUCAUGACGAGGUUUGGCAUUGACAAGCCAGAUUUGAGAAUUCCGUUCGAGUUAAACCGCGUCGACCACCUCCUACCUGAGUCUUUCAUAUCCAUGAUCACCCACCUGGAUAAACCCAUCGUCGAAGUCUUCCGGUUCCGCCCCAGCCCCGUAUCCGGGGAAUCACCACUCCCCACAUCCACCGCCUUCAUCGACGACCUAAUGAAAACCCUCCCCCCAGCCCUCUCCCAAAACCCCGACGGUGCCCCCGUCGCACUCAUAGUCAACUCCUCCAAGCCCCUCCGCGGCCUCUCCCCCCUCGGCUUCGACGGCGCCUCCGCUCUCGAAAGCGGCGCCGCCGACCCCGAAUCCCCCACCCUCGAAGACGGCGAUGUCCUCGUCUUCCAAGCCCGCCCCAACAAACCCUUCCAAGGCGCCUCCUCCACCGCCCUCGGCACGCUCCGCACACUGCUAUACCAAGCAGCCGUAUCCAAAGGCCUCCUCCCCCGCGACCUCACCUUCCAAUUCCUCUGGGUCACCAACUUCCCCCUUUUCACCCCCACCAACGAAACCGACACCGACACCGACCCCGGCCAGGGCGGCCACGCCGGGUUUUCCUCCACCCACCACCCUUUCACCGCCCCCCUCACCGACGCCGACGUCGAGCUCCUAGCCACCGACCCCCUCCGUGCCCGGGCAGACCACUACGAUCUGGUCGUCAACGGCGUCGAGCUCGGCGGCGGCAGCCGACGUAUCCACGUAGCCAAGAUGCAGGAGUACGUCAUGCGGGAGAUCUUGCAGAUGACGGAUGCCGGGGUGGGGCAGUUUGCGCAUUUGUUGGAGGCGUUGAGGGCCGGGUGUCCGCCGCAUGCUGGGUUUGCGUUGGGGUUUGAUCGGUUGGUGGCGGUGUUAACUUAUACGGAGUCGGUGAGGGAUGUGAUUGCUUUUCCGAAGUCGAUGAAGGGGGAGGAUUUGACGGUGAGGAGUCCGGGGGGGGUGACGGAGGAGCAGUUGGGGGUUUAUCAUUUGGGUUUUUUGGGGGGGAAGAGUAAAGAGUGA